CUCUUAUCUCCUAAUGGCUGUUUGUUAAAUUAUUAAUUUUCAGAGACAGGACAAAUGGGUAAUCUUGUUUUUCACAGAAGCGGAGCACUGAGGUCAGUAAAGCACUAUACAGCCCAGACUCUUAUAUGAUGCGUAUCAUAUGAAAGGCAGUUCCUGGAAUCCUGCACCUGUCCAUAACACAGUAUAAUAACUUGUCAUUCAUUUCAUAGGAUCCACUCGUCCCACGUCUCACCUUUAUGGCUUCACGGAUAGGCCUACCCCACACUUACCAGACUUUAAUAAAUUAUCAGCCCACAUUUUCUCGCUGCUUAGAAAAUAGUUCAGGAUUAAAUCGAUCGUGUGUAAAUUCUGGCGUCAACUACGCCUUUAAAUUUUCUCUUAGUACAGUGUGAUUUGUCAGUGGAUUUAUAAGGAAUGAAAUUAGCAUUGUUUUGUUUGUAAAUGUGACUUCAGCGAGGGUGUUUCAGUGUCAGUUAUGGAUAUCCAUUGUUCUUGCUCACUGCAGCAGGCGCCGCCUCUUUAGGCAGAGAUGUUUGGGGCUUAAGGCGUGUUUCCUGCUCCCUCAGACCGGACAGUCUGCCGUCGCUCCUGGGAAGCGCAAGUCCCCUCACUUUGACGCAAUUUUCCGGACUCCUGUAGCUGACGCCCGGCCGCCGGCCGAAGCAGGAACAAGCGGCUGAGCAGCGGACGCCGGCCACCCGGCAGCCCGAACACGCGCGGCUCGCUUCUGUAGGACGAGCUUCAAGUCGGGAUUUCCCCCGAAAUAUCGGACCGAUCAGCGAAACAUUUGGAUGUAUAACAUAUGGCAUAUAAGAAGUGGUAUUUUAUUUAACGUUUGGAUUUUCUUUAUAUCCUGGAUUUAUGAGCAUUUAGUCGUAUUGUGAUGCUGUUUGGAAAACAUAAAAAUUUGGUUUAUUCAGGAAAAAUGGGCUUAAAUUAUUUAGUCGAAUCCGGAACCGACGGAUGAAACAACUGAACCGGGACAACUAUUUCUUUUUACCCUUAAUGUCGCUUUACCAAAGAUGAUCAGCUAAUCAUACCGCCCUGGUACAAGAAAGACGCACAGAUAUUGCAAACCAAAAUCUUCCUAAAACUGGCAUACUUGGGGAAAAUGUCGGUUAUUUCUCCUCAUUGCGAUGAUACUGUCUGCACCGAUUGCGAAGGAGGAGAACUCCGCGCCGACCUGGGACACAGAUACCUGUGAAAUUUAAGAAAACUACUCAACUGUGAAGUUUUCGGCAUUUUUUUUUCUUGUGUUUUAUUCCGCGACAGUCCCAGACAUCAAUAUGUCGGCAGUGAUGGUGCCAAAGAAGGUGACCCGAAAAUGGGAGAAGCUGCCGGGGAAGAACACUUUCUGCUGCGAUGGACGUGUGAUGAUGGCCCGGCAGAAGGGCGUCUUUUACCUGACCCUGUUCCUCAUCAUCGGCACCUGCUCCCUCUUCUUUGCUUUCGAGUGCCCGUACCUCGGGGUGCACCUGUCCCCGGCCAUCCCGGUGUUUGCAGUCGUGCUCUUCCUGUUCGUCAUGGCCGUGCUGCUGAGGACCAGUUUCAGUGACCCUGGGGUGCUGCCGCGGGCGUUGCCGGAUGAGGCUGCAUUUAUAGAGAUGGAGAUCGAGGCAGCCAUUGGGAGCGUCCCGGCGGGGCAGCGCCCCCCCCCUCGCAUCAGGAAUGUCCAGAUCAACAACCAGAUUGUGAAGCUGAAGUACUGCUACACCUGCAAGAUCUUCCGGCCUCCCCGAGCCUCGCACUGCAGCAUUUGCGACAACUGCGUGGAUCGCUUUGACCACCACUGCCCCUGGGUGGGCAACUGCGUGGGCAAGAGGAACUAUCGCUACUUCUACCUCUUCACGCUGUCGCUCUCCCUGCUCACCGUCUACAUCUUCACCUUCGACAUCGUCCACGUGGUCCUGCGGUCGCUGGAGUCUGAUUUUGUGACGACCAUCAAGGAGACGCCCGGGACUGUGCUGGAGGUGUUGAUCUGCUUCUUCACAUUAUGGUCAGUAGUGGGUUUGACUGGCUUCCACACCUACCUGAUAACCCUCAACCAGACCACCAACGAGGAUAUUAAAGGCUCCUGGACGGGGAAGAAUCGAGUACAGAACCCAUACAGCCACAGAAACGUCAUCAAGAACUGCUGUGAGGUUCUGUGCGGCCCUGCCUAUCCCAGUGUGCUGGACCGGAGGGGGGUGAUGACAGAGGAAACACCUGCUGUUCCCCAGGAGCCAGAAGCCAAGAGCGCCCCCCCGCCACAGACCACUAGAACCACAGCCCCCCUCAUCCCCAAUGAGCACACUCCAGACGACACUAAGACCAAACUGGCUGCCGCCCCUGAGGAAGAGGAGAAGCCCCACCUUCCUCAGGACACUCCACUCCCGCCACUGGACACCAGCGCAGGGCCCAGGCCUGACCCCCAAUCCCCCCAGUAGGCAGGCCUAGCGAUGGGCAGGGCGGGAGGGAUUGGAGAAUCUCUGAUGAACUUGUCUGCGAAAGGCGCCGCUGAGGGUGUGCCGGGGGUCCGCCGCAGCAGAGCGCGAGCGGCCGCAUGACCCCACGUGCCGCUCCAGGCAGCGUGUGCCGGAGGAGGAGGGUGACUCACCCGGGUUUCCAUCUGCUAGAGCCUUGCAUGAAAAUUUACAAAAAACAGAGACGGAGCACAGCGGAUUCCUUCAUGGCAGACGGCUAUGUGAGACCUGUUCUGGGGCUGCCACGUUUUUGUCAAUUUUCUACGCACAGUUCUGUCGUGUUGGGUUUUGGUCACUUAUAAGCACACCGUCGGCGGCUGGAAAAGGCCCGACAACCCCCCCACGGCAAUUACCCGGCCGUCUCUGCGCAUCUCGGCAGGAGACUGGAGGGCGGAGGGAGCCCCCACCUCAUAGUGCCAUCGCCCACUUCCGUCGGCCAUCUGGCGUCUCGGCGGUCUCCUCCACGUCGCUGCGGCGCCCCCUAAUGCUUCCCGCACAGAGCCGCACCCACCCGCGUCUGUGUCCAGGGUUACCGGCACCACGGGCCAGGUGGAGCAGGGCAGGCCAAAGAAACUGUGCCUCAGAAAAAAAUGUGAUUUCCACACACGUGAAAUGCAUGAAAUAACGCCACCUGCAAGGUGGAUUAUUAUGUUCAUAAUAAAAGCAGAUCUAUGGAAACCUGCCCUUUUCUAAACAACGAAGGGAAGGAGUUACAAAGAGGAAGAUUACGUGAUUGUAAAAGAUUAAACUGGGGAAGUAAAUGUUGAAAUGCUUCUAGAUGAUGCUUCCUCCUGGUCGACGUCUGGCUGUAAAUCUUGGCAUCAGAUUUCCAGUUUGAACUCACUGACCUAAGGCCUUGUCCCCCUCAUCUGUCACCCAGUAUCUGCCUUCCAGCAGUCUCUCCCAGUCUCCCUGAAAGGGUGCUGAUUGCUCACAUUGACACACCCAUUGGGACCCUUUUGUCUGAAACCUAAAUGAAUGAAGCUGCAGGUAAACAUUGACAGUGUUUAUCUGCAUAGUUGGAUUGCGCCAAGAGGAGCAUGAGCCAGGUGAUCUAGGCCUGGAUUGUCAUGUUUGUUUGCAGAAGCUGGUUACUAAGAUGAGAAGGCUUGGAUUACAAUGACAAUAGAACUGUCAUAAACUCAGUACAUGAUAUAGAGUCUGUUUAAAUCCUAUUUAUAUUUGCUUUUCUUUGUAAGACCAUUGUGAUUGUGUUUUCUUUUAAUUGCUUGACUUUUUACAUGAAUGAGUGGUGUAUGUUAAUUAAACCAGACUUGUCGUAA